CCGGAGAAGAGGUGGUCUAAGGCUCGACCAAAAGGUUCCGGAACACUUCUCCAAUACUUCCCCUCUUCCACGUCACCCUUACCUGGCUUCGCCAUGAGAGGAACACUUCCUCUUCUUCCACCCAGGAUCCUCACCGUCCUGGCCCUGACAAUCACAUUUCAAGCACUCAUGGCAACAUGCCGGUGAUCUUCAAGUUUGAGCCUAUUCCAGGCCCAACCGCCGACUGGGAGGACACCGAGUUAUACGUCAGGGUAGCCGAUAUAUUUUGUCUGAUAUGCGGGUAUUGGGAUCUCAAACCUCCGAACUUAGCCCACAUAAUCCCGCGCAAACAUGGUAAACCCAAGAAAGCUGUCGGCUCGCACACGACGAAGCCGAACUGGGAAGACACGUUUCGGCUGAUCAUCAACGAUACAAAGCACCGUGGAUGCUAUGUAUCCUGUAGCCAGGCGUCUGAGAUGUUCAGGGAGGACCCAUCCCCGAGUUGCUUGAAAGCCUUACUCCAGAUCAUGAAGGAGUGUCUACCCAGGAAACCAUGGAAGAAUCGUGCGACUCGUCGAGGGCGACGGAGCCAGAGGCUGUGCUUCGGCUAUGCGGUCCACUCUUGCUGUUGGGAACUACUCAAGACCCAUCGCCUCAAGGCGAUGGCUGAGACGGGCUUGGCUACUCUGGUGGCAGCCCUUCGGCGCCAAUGGAUGGUGUUUCGGAUCUCGUACGAUUCUGCGAAAAAUGCCCCAUCGAAAGCAGACCCUUUCUACACACCUUCUAUCUUUGACACGAUCUAUGCGGAAAUCAACGAAGCCGAGUGGUUUAGAAAACAGGCAGCAGACAAGGCAACGAAUACACGGCAUGCACUCCAGCAUGUGGACCAGACUGGUCUCCGUGCUCUUCCGUUUGAGCUAAUCUACAUGAUCGCUGAAUACCUUCCAUCACAAGAGGCCAGAAGUCUCGAGACGAUUUUAGAUGUUCGCCUUGGCAUCUUAUUCUGGCGUCCUAAAAUUUCGCUUGACCUGUUCUAUGAGGUGAAGGCUGUCACAAGAGGGGACAUCCAUUGGGAUCGUUUGUUCAGCAAGCUGCAAGACCUUGAGAAUUCCGAUGCCUUAGUAUUACGUCGAAAAAUACUAGGAUGCUUAGAUGAGCACCUGGAUAAGAUCGAAUUAGACAAGCAGCGCGCGAAGCAAACGGAAAUCUAGCGAGACGAUAAUGUCUUUCAUGUUGG